GAUGCUGCUGCCGCCGCUGCGGUGCCUCCUGCUGCUGCUGCUGGGCUGCUGGCUGCUGGCGCGCCCCGGGCUGGCGUGCGGGCCCGGCAGGGGCUUCGGCAAGAGGCGGCACCCCAAGAAGCUCACCCCGCUCGCCUACAAGCAGUUCAUCCCCAACGUGGCCGAGAAGACCCUGGGCGCCAGCGGGAGGUACGAGGGCAAGAUCUCCAGGAACUCGGAGCGCUUCAAGGAGCUCACGCCCAAUUACAACCCCGACAUCAUCUUUAAGGAUGAGGAGAACACGGGGGCCGACCGGCUGAUGACUCAGAGGUGCAAGGACAAGCUCAACGCCCUGGCCAUCUCCGUGAUGAACCAGUGGCCCGGCGUGAAGCUGCGGGUGACCGAGGGCUGGGACGAGGACGGCCACCACUCGGAGGAGUCGCUGCACUACGAGGGCCGCGCCGUGGACAUCACCACGUCGGACCGCGACCGCAGCAAGUACGGCAUGCUGGCGCGCCUGGCCGUGGAGGCCGGCUUCGACUGGGUGUACUACGAGUCCAAGGCGCACGUCCACUGCUCGGUGAAAGCAGAGAACUCGGUGGCGGCCAAGUCCGGCGGCUGCUUCCCCGGCUCGGCCACCGUGCGCCUGGAGCAGGGCGGCACCAAGCGCGUGAAGGACCUGCGGCCCGGGGACCGCGUGCUGGCGGCCGACGAGCAGGGCCGGCUGCUCUACAGCGACUUCCUCGCCUUCCUGGACCGCGACGACGGCGCCAGGAAGGUCUUCUACGUGAUCGAGACGCGGGAGCCGCGCGAGCGCCUGCUGCUCACGGCCGCGCACCUGCUCUUCGUGGCGCCGCCCAACGCCACGGCCGCGGGGCGCCGUCGGGGGGCCGCGCCCGAGCGCCGCGCGCUCUUCGCCAGCCGCGUGCGGCCGGGCCAGCGCGUGUACGUGGUGGCCGAGCGCGGCGGGGCCCCGCGGCUGCUGCCGGCCGCCGUGCACCGCGUGUGGCUGCGCGAGGAGGCGGCGGGCGCGUACGCGCCGCUCACGGCGCAGGGCACCAUCCUCAUCGACCGGGUGCUGGCGUCGUGCUACGCCGUCAUCGACGAGCACGGCUGGGCGCACCGCGCCUUCGCGCCCUUCCGCCUGGCGCACGCGCUGCUCCAGGCGCUGGCGCCCGCGCGCACGGACCGCGCCGCCGCGGGGGCCCCCGGCGUCCACUGGUACUCGCGGCUGCUCUACCGCCUGGGCACGUGGCUCUUGGACGGCGACGCGCUGCACCCCCUGGGCAUGGCCGUGGCGCCCAGCUGAAGGCCCCGC